AUGAAGGAGCUCAGAUCCAAGGUGGAGGACAUCAGCCAGAGGAAUGUCCGGUACCACCUCAUAAAGGAAUCAUCUGGGCAGCCAUUGUCUACCACUGCCACCAUCAGCAGUGAGGUGAUACUUCACGUCGCCGAAGCAAAGACACGAGCUGCACUUCACCUGGAAGAGGAAAAGGUGGAUCUUGCCGAGCUGAUCGCCAGAGAUGACCUUGGGCCAGCAAUCGCGGUGUGGGGAGCAAGCACCGAUGUUGGGGUCACAUCUAUCAUCAGAGCUGCCUAUGACAAUAAACAAGUGAAAGAUAAGUUUCAGUGCCGAGCCUGGGUAAGGCUGAUGCAUCCCUUCAAUCCAAAUGACCUCUUUGUCAGCUUGGUGAGGCAGUUCUACCAAGAUUCAUGUGAAGAAUCUGGUAAAGCAAGCAUGCAAGGAGGAGGAACAGCCACUGGGCUGACAGUUCUGAAGAAGAUGGCAGCACCAGAUCAUAGUUUGGUCGAUGAGUUUAAUCGGUAUGUGACUGAGAAGAGGUACUUGGUUGUUAUUGCUGAUGUGUCUACCAUAGAAGAGUGGGACUGGAUCAAAACAUACUUCCCGAGAUUGAAUGGGGGGCGGAUUAUUGUGUCCACGCAGCAAUUUGAAGUUGCAAGGCUGUGCACUGAGCAGCCUUGCACAAUAUCAGGGAUAAAACAAAUAUGGUCAUUCGAUAAGGACUUAUAUGUCUUCUACCACAAGGUAACCACAACAAAAGCUAAAGUUAUUGAUUUCAUCGAUCAAGAUGGCGAGGUGAUCAGCAUUUGUGGAAUGGGUGGUCUUGGGAAAACCACUCUUGUCACAAGUCUCUACCAACAAGAACUCAGUGGAAGGUUUCAGAGGCGCGCUUGGUUAACGGUGCCGCGUCUAAACCAUCAAGAAUUUUACAAUGAUUUGUUACAGCAAUUAUGUGUGGAUUUUCAUGGAGACAAAGAAAAGCACGUCACUGAAACACAACAAGGUAACAAUGGAAAUGAGACACAACCAAAGAAAGAGCAAAAACCAGUUGACAUUUUGGCAAAGAUUUUAUUGGAAAACAAAUGCCUGAUUGUUUUUGAUGAUCUAUCAUCGACCAUGGAAUGGCAAUUGAUAAGGAAGCUCUUGCCAUCAUCGAAGGACAAUACCGCUAACCGGAUCAUUGUCACAACGCGGGAACUGAAUGUUGCAAUGUGUUGUUCGGAGAAAGAACGCAAAAUAUACAAUCUCGAGCUUCUAACUAAACAGGAUGCUCUCCGCCUAUUUGAAAAGAAGCUUCUCUUCUCUUAG